AUGGGGAAUUCGCCACAAAAGGAGAAGGGAUCUAUCAGUCAUGGUUCUCAUGAGCAUACCUUGUCCCAUGGUUUUGUGGAAAAGGGGACUACCGAGGAAGAAUGUGAUGUUUGCGACAAGGAGAUCUAUGGUUUGGUUUAUGCCUGUGAAACAUGCAAGUUUUCGCGGCACAGCUUGUGUGCCAAAAAACAAAUGCCAUCAGAGAUUACCCACCCUUCCCACUCAAUGCACGAGCUAAGACUUAAAGGUAUGUCUUCGGAUUUCUUAUGUGAAAGAUGUUUCCGGAAUUCUCGAGGCCCUAGAUACCACUGCGACAGUUGCGAUAUCGAUGCUGAUUUAGCAUGA